GCAAACUAACCUACAUACUUCAUAAACUGCCCAGGGGCAAUUUCAGAUACACGAAAUAAGUUAAGGAUGCUAGUAUGACUAGCAAGUUACGCUCAAAUGUAUAAGUGAAUUUUAAGGUUAUUAACUGAGUUAUCUAACCCGGUUUAGCAGUUAAGUUAGUCAAUUUCAAGUAAACCGAAAGUAAAAGCCACACAGUUUUCAUCGACAAAGCUAUUCUGGAAAACCAACGAUAAACUUAUUUCCUGUGAGAAAGAAGAGUAGUACAACCCUACCUCUAAAACUAAUCAGGAGCUGGAGAAGGACAUUGCCUCUAAAAUGAGUCUGAAUGAAGAGAUGGAGCAGGGUGACGCUGCAGGUUCUCCAGAACCCAGCUGUGUGUCUAUGAAGACUGACACAUCCAUGGAAUUUCCCCCUCGAUUCAGUGAUGAAGCGGUGACCUCUGAGACCAGACAUAGGAUUCGAAAAACAGCCUCUCCAGAAGCCAGCUGUGUGUCUAUGAAGAGUGAUACAUCCAUGGAAUUUCCCCCUCGAUUCAGUGAUGAAGCAGUGACCUCUGAGCCCAGACAUAAGAUUCGAAAAACAGCCUCUCCAGAAGCCAGCUGUGUGUCUAUGAAGAGUGAUACAUCCAUGGAAUUUCCCCCUCGAUUCAGUGAUGAAGCAGUGACCUCUGAGCCCAGACAUAAGAUUCGAAAAACAGCCUCUCCAGAAGCCAGCUGUGUGUCUAUGAAGAGUGAUACAUCCAUGGAAUUUCCCCCUCGAUUCAGUGAUGAAGCGGUGACCUCUGAGACCAGACAUAGGAUUCGAAAAACAGCCUCUCCAGAAGCCAGCUGUGUGUCUAUGAAGAGUGAUACAUCCAUGGAAUUUCCCCCUCGAUUCAGUGAUGAAGCAGUGACCUCUGAGCCCAGACAUAAGAUUCGAAAAACAGCCUCUCCAGAAGCCAGCUGUGUGUCUAUGAAGAGUGAUACAUCCAUGGAAUUUCCCCCUCGAUUCAGUGAUGAAGCAGUGACCUCUGAGCCCAGCAGUGUGGGAACAGAUGAUGAGACUACAGACCAUGUGAAGGAUUCUGCUCAAACAAUGAUUGAUGUUCUGAAGAAAGUCAAGGACCAACACAAAACCAACAUGAGAAACAAGUAUGAGAAAUUAUUUGAGGGAAUCAAAUUCCAAGAGAAUCAAACCCUCCUGAACAGGAUCUACACACAGCUCUACAUCACAGAGGGAGAGAGAGAAGGAGUGAAUGAAGAACAUGAGGUUUUACAGAUGGAGAAAACAGCCAGAACAAAACACUCACAAGACACUCCAAUCUACUGCAAUGACAUCUUUAAAGCAUCACCUGAACCAGGAUGUGAGGAGAAACACCAAAUCAAGACUGUUCUUACUAAAGGCAUCGCUGGAAUCGGAAAAACCGUCUCUGUGCAGAAGUUCAUUCUGGACUGGGCCGAGGGAAAAGACAAUCAGGAUGUAGAUUUCAUGUUUGUGCUUCCAUUUCGAGAGCUGAACUUGAUCCGAGAUCAUCAGUACAGUCUUCACAGACUUCUGCUGGACUUUUAUCCUGAACUUCAAGAUCUGGACUCAAAGAUUUAUGAGGAGUGUAAAGUUGUGUUCAUCUUUGAUGGUCUGGAUGAAAGCAGAAUCACACUGAUGUUUUCAGAUGAUCAGAAAGUUUGUGAUGUGACUGAGACUUCAUCAGUGGGUGUGUUGAUGUCAAACCUCGUGAAAGGAGAGCUGCUUCCCUCUGCUCUCAUCUGGAUCACCUCCAGACCAGCAGCAGCCAAUCAGAUCCCCUCCAAAUACAUCAACCGUCUGACAGAAAUUCAGGGAUUCAAUGAGCCUCAGAAGGAGGAAUAUUUCAGGAAGAGAAUCAGUGACCAGCAUCAAGCCAGCAGAAUCAUCUCACACAUCAGAAGAGCAAGAAGCCUCCACAUCAUGUGCCACAUCCCUGUCUUCUGCUGGAUCUCAUCCACUGUGCUUCAGAAGCUCCUGAAAGAAGAUGUGAGUGCAGAAAUCCCUCAAACUCUGACUGAAAUGUACAUCCACUUCCUGCUGAUUCAGAUCAACAUGAGGAAUCAGAAGUAUGAAGAGAGAGAUCCAGAGAAACUCCUGCAGUCCAACAGAGAAGUGAUUGUGAAACUUGCUGAAGUGGCUUUCAAACAGCUGAUGAAGAGCAAUGUGAUGUUCUAUGAGAAGGACCUGAUUGAGAGCAACAUAGAUGUCACUGUGGCUUCAGUGUAUUCUGGGAUUUGCACUGAGAUCUUUAAGGAGGAACCUGUGAUUCAUCAGAGGAAAGUCUACAGCUUCAUCCAUCUGAGCAUUCAGGAGUUCAUGGCUGCAUUUUAUGCUUUUGAUUUUUAUCUAAAUACAACUAUGGAUGGGCUAACGAAUUUAGUUUCUGUUCAGGAUUUGCUUAAAGGAACAGUAGAUAAAGCCCUUGAGAGUGAGAAUGGGCAUCUGGAUCUGUUCCUGCGGUUCCUGCUGGGCGUCUCACUGGAGUCCAAUCAGAGACUCUUACAGGAUCUACUGACACACACAGAGAACAGCUCAGAGAGCAUCAAGAGAACCACACAGUACAUUAAAGACAAGAUCAAAGAUGGACAUGGACUCUCCACUGAAAGAUCCAUCAAUCUGUUCCUCUGUCUGCUGGAAGUGAAAGAUCAGACUCUGUCCAGAGAGAUUCAGGAGUUUGUGAAAUCAGACAAACACUCAGAGAAGAAACUCUCUCCUGCUCACUGCUCAACAAUCGCCUACAUGCUUCAGAUAUUAGAGGAGCCGCUGGAUGAGCUGGAUGUUCAGAAAUACAACACAUCAGUUGAGGGGAGAAGAAGACUGAUACCAGCUGUGAUCAACUGCAGAAAAGCUCUUCUUGCUGGCUGUAAUCUCACUAGUCAGUACUGUGAAACUGUGGUAUCAGCUCUACAAAGCUCAAACUGUGUCCUGAGAGAGCUGGAUCUGAGUAACAAUGACCUGCAGGAUUCAGGAGUGAAACUUCUCUCUGAUGGACUGAAGAGUCCAAACUGUGAGCUGCAGAUACUGAGGUUGUCUGGCUGUAUGGUGACAGAGGAAGGCUGUGGUUAUUUGUCUUCAGCUCUGAGUUCAAAGCCCUCACACCUGAGAGAGCUGGAUCUGAGCUACAAUUACCCAGGACAAUCAGGAGUCCAGCUGCUCAACCACAAACUGGAGGAUCCAAACUGCUCACUGGAGAAACUUAAUUUGGACCAUGGAGAAAAAUUUAGGAUCACACCAGGAUUGCAAAAAUAUGCCUGUAAUCUCACACUGGAUCCAAACACAGCACACAUUCGUCUCUCAUUAACUGAGGACAACAGGAAGCUGACACAUGUCAAAGAGCAGCAGUCGUAUCCUGAUCAUUCAGACAGAUUUAAUUUUUAUGAGCAGGUUCUGUGUGUUGAGAGUCUGACUGGACGCUGUUACUGGGAGGCUGAAUGGAGCGGCUGGUGUUUCAUAGGAGUGACGUAUAAAGGAAUCAGCAGGAAAGGUGGGAGUGACUGUAGGAUUGGAUACAAUGACAAAUCCUGGUCCAUUUUUUGUGUUGAUGGCAGAUACAGUGCUUGGCACAAUAGUAUAAACAAAGAAAUACCUGCCCCUUCAUGCCAGUCUAAAACAAUAGGAGUGUAUUUGGACUGGCCAGCCGGCAUUCUGUCCUUCUACAGCGUCUCUGACACACACACACUCACACACUUAUACACAUACAACACCACAUUCACUGAACCCCUCUAUGCUGGAUUCAGAGUUAAUAAUUCCUCAGUGUCUCUGUAUCACAUUGCAUAGCCAUGUAAGAAAAAAAAUGCACAGUACAAGCAUUUGUUUCUUAUGGCUAUGCAAUAGUAGUCAAUAAAAUGCCAUCCGGCAAACUUUUGCCAACUCAGGGGCUUUUGUUAAAACUACAGAUUGUACUCCCAUAUUUUUGUAUCCCCGCUGACAGACGGUCAGAUCAAGCACAGUGUAUUAUGAGUGUAAAAGCUUCCUUACUUUUUGGGAAAAGGUAACCGCUUUUUCUCUAGUCAAAUAAACAUGAAUUAUAACUUUUUUUCUUACCUAUGGUGGGCGGGCAAUUGAGAACUAUUGCAAACAUGAUCUUCAUUUAAUUACAUUUACAUAAUGGAGGAGGGUACAUAUUUAAAUGGCAAUUAAUUAAAAUGUUUUUGCUUAUUUAUGAUGUUUGUUUUCUGUUAAGAUUCACUGGCACACUUUACCACUCUUUAUUCAAGC